UUUGUAAAUCAUCUUUUUUUUUAUAUUCUUUUUCUUUUUCUUUUCUUUUUCGUUAUCUUUUUCUUUUCAUUUUAUUUAUCAAUAUAUAUCUACAAUAAUAUAAAUGGUUGAAUGGAGUUCAUCGACGUCCUCUUCGACUUUAGACGAAACUGAACCUCUCCUUUUAUCAGAAGGAACUCAUCAUCACUUAUAUGAUCAUAGAAAACAACAUUAUAAAAUGAUGGAAAAUCUUAUAAAAAAAGGAAGGAUGUAUCGUUCUCAUCUACGUGAAUAUCUAGCCGAAUUUAUUGGUACAUGUAUCUUGGUACUCCUGAUCUGUGGGGCUUCAGCUGAACAAACCUUACAUGUUGAACCUAACAAAUCUUGGUUAACUUCAUCCAUUGGAAGUGGUCUUGCUGUUUUGAUAGCCAUCAGCAUUGUGGGUCAUGUGUCUGGUGCUCAUAUCAAUCCUGCUGUCACUAUUACGUUCUGGUUAUUCUCUGGAUUUCCUCUGAAAAAAGUACCUGGUUUCAUCCUUUCGCAACUUUUAGGUGCAUUUACAGGGGCUGCUAUAUUGUAUUCGGUGAUUCAACCUGCCAUCAACGAGUUUGAUGGUGGUGAUCGGCAAAUUUUGGGACCUCAUGGUACGGCUGGUAUUUUCGCCACUUUUCCUGCUGUCUACGUGGGUAUGUCAUCCUCUGUUCUUUCAGAAGUAGUUGGUACUGCUCUCUUGCUUUUGAUUAUCAUGGCUACAGGACAUCAAAACAAUCUUCCUUUCCGAAAUGCUCAAGGAUGCUUUAUUGCUGUUGGUAUUGUAUCAAUUUCUCUUAGUUUAGGUUAUACUUCUGGUUUUUCUUUGAAUCCUGCUCGUGAUUUAGGUCCUCGUUUAUUUACCUCUAUUGCUGGUUGGGGAUCUGGAGUGUUUACUGUCCGCAACUAUUACUUCUUUGUACCUUUAUUUGCUCCUAUAGCUGGUGCUAUUAUUGGUGGUGCGUGUUAUACAAUUUUUAUUGAUCAAUAAAAUAGUUUUCUUUUUUAUCUAUCAAUCUAUCUAUCUACAAGAUGUUUGUUUCAUCUUUUUGUCAAUUGCAUUUUGGUGUAACAUGCCAUCCAAAUUGUCAUACUUUCCCAUCUUGUCCACUACAUUAUUAUCAUCCAACAUCACAUAAAAUUCCAUCCUCCUAAUCAUCGUCAUCCCUCUACUCAAUCAUCGUCGAUAAAACAAAUAAUAAUGAUAAUAAAAAACAUUUAUUGGAGUCUGUGUUAUAAUAAAUAAAUAAAAAGGAUUGUUG